CAGCCCGAGAGCCACAUGAGCGGAUGAUGUAAACAACUGCAGUGCGAGACUCCUCUGCUGUCCAUCUGUCUUUAUGAACGAGAUCAGCCUUUUACGGUGAGUGAGACGGAUUCACAGUGCCACGCGUCUCCUGCAGAUCAUGCCCCACGACCCCGACCCUCCUCCGGCGAAGAGAUUUAAGCCGGGCUCCCCCUUCUUCCGCCUGGAUAAGAAGCCGGACAUGCUGCUGCCCAGAGCGGGACACGCGAUCGUCAGCGUGGACGCACAGCGAAAACAGCUGCCCAUCUACCAGACCAGGACACAGGUGAUCAACCAGCUCCGACAGCUGCACAACGCCGUGUUUAUCGGUGAGACGGGCUCAGGUAAAACCACGCAGAUACCGCAGUACCUGUAUGAGGCUGGCAUCGGUCGGCAGGGCGUCAUCGCCAUCACUCAGCCCCGCCGCGUCGCCGCCAUAUCGCUGGCGGGACGAGUGGCCGAAGAGAAGAAGGUUCAGCUGGGAAAACUGGUGGGAUACACGGUGCGUUUUGAAGACGUCACGUCUUCGGAGACCAAGCUGAAGUUCAUGACGGACGGGAUGUUGUUGCGGGAGGCCAUUGGCGAUCCGUUAUUACUGCGAUAUACUGUGGUGAUCCUGGACGAGGCUCACGAGCGCACCGUUCACACAGACGUCCUGUUUGGUGUGGUGAAGGCCGCCCAACGCAAACGCAUGGAACAGAACAAAAUACCUCUGAAGGUUGUUGUGAUGUCUGCCACCAUGGAUGUGGAUCUGUUCUCUCAGUACUUCAACAAAUCGCCGGUUCUGUAUCUGGAGGGCCGACAGCAUCCCAUUCAGAUCUACUACACCAAACAAACUCAGACCGACUAUCUGCAGGCAGCGCUGGUCUCCAUAUUUCAGAUUCACCAGGAAGCUCCACCGUCGCAUGAUAUCCUGGUGUUCAUGACGGGUCAGGAGGAGAUUGAAGCACUGGCUCGCACCUGUCGGGACAUUUCCAAACACCUGCCUGAGACCUGCGGCCCGAUGACAGUCAUCCCGCUCUACGCCUCGCUGCCGCCCGUCCAGCAGCUCCGAGUGUUUCAGCCCGCGCCAAAGGGAUCCAGGAAGGUGGUUAUCUCCACAAACAUCGCAGAAACGUCCAUCACCAUCUCUGGCAUCAAAUACGUCAUUGACACAGGAAUGGUGAAAGCCAAACGCUACAAUCCAGACAGCGGUCUGGAGGUGUUAGCGGUGCAGCGCGUGUCUAAAGCUCAGGCUUGGCAGCGUGCCGGCCGAGCCGGGAGAGAAGCCGCCGGUUCGUGUUACCGUCUCUACACUGAAGAGGAGUUUGACAACUUCGCCAGCAUGACCGUACCCGAGAUACAAAGGUGUAAUCUGGCCAGUGUCAUUCUGCAGCUGCUGGCUCUGGGUGUUCCUGACGUCCUCAACUUUGACUUCAUGUCUAAACCGUCACCAGAGUCGCUGCGGACGGCCGUGGAGCAGCUCUGCAUCCUCGGCGCCGUCGACAGGAAAGACGAUCAGGUGUCGUUAACGCCGCUGGGAAAGAAAAUGGCCUGUUUCCCUCUAGAGCCGCGCUUCUCCAAAACUCUGCUGAUCUCUCCUGAUUUCUCCUGCACUGAGGAGGUUCUGACCAUCAUCUCGCUCCUCUCCGUCGACUCGGUCCUCUACAAUCCUCCGGCGCGCAGAGACGACGUCCUCGCCGUCCGCAAGAAGUUCAUCUCCAGCGAGGGCGACCACAUGACGCUCCUCAACAUCUACAGGGCCUACAAGAAAGUCAGCGGAAACAAGGACUGGUGUCGGGAGAACUUUGUGAACAGCAGGAAUAUGGGGCUGGUGUUGGAGGUUCGAGCUCAACUCAGAGACAUCUGCAUCAAGAUGAACAUGAAGCUGGAAUCGUCUCUGUCGGAGCUGGUGAACGUGCGGCGCUGUCUGGCUCACGGUUUGUUCAUGAACGCGGCGGAGCUUCAGCCGGACGGCUCUUACGUAGCUCUGGACACACACCAGCCCGUGGCCAUCCAUCCCUCAUCCGUCCUGUUCCAGGCCAAACCCGCCUGCGUGGUUUUCAACGAGCUCCUGCACACGUCGCGCUGUUACAUGAGGGAUCUGUGUUUGGUGGACGCCGACUGGCUGCAGGAAGCCGCGCCGGAGUAUUUCCGCCGGAAGCUGCGCGCGAUGAAGAGUUAACGACGCUGGAAAUGCUGCAACUUUACCAAACUUGUGGUUUGUCGUUUCUGAAGACUGCACAACGGAAAGAUAAAAGCCAAGCGUCAUAACAGUUCAUCUACUCAUGCAUUUUGUGAAAUAUGCCUAUUUUUCACAAUAUGCAUGGGUGAUCUGUUAAGACUUUUUUGAAUUUGAUAUGCAACACAUAAGGCAGUUUUUGCCAAAGAGUUUUGCUUUGUUAACUGAACUUUUCUAGACUGAAUGAGUUCUUUCUACCUGCUAUAAAUCUUAAGAUGUCACACCUGUUUCUAGCUGUUUUACAAACUGCUGGUCUGAUUGUAUGAAAUUCAGGUUUGCUUUCUUGAAUGUUUGCAUGUGUUUUUUGUUCAGGUCAAAGCAUUUUUCAUAAUACUUGACUAGUACGUGUAAGAUUUGGAGUGUUUCAGGAUCAAGUUUACCUCUCAACAAGUGAAUAAUAAUGCAAAUAUGUGUGAAUGAAGCUGGAGAGCAGUUGGAGAUCAGUGUUGUGACGUCUGGGGUCAUAUUUCAACUCAAAAAAUACAUACUGCAUAAAGAAAAUUAAGCCUAAUUUUAGUUGUAGCUAACUAAAACUAAAAGCAUAAAAUUGUUACUUAAAAUAAAAAUUACCUGAAGUAAAAUAAAAUAUUUUUUAGAAUCAUAUCUGCGUUUAACUU